AUGCAAGAGCAAGGUAUAAGCAUGAUGGGAUCUGCUGGUGGAGGAAUAGGAGGGUUAAGCAAUGUUACUAUGGCGGUUUCCGGAGAGCAGCACCACCAGCUCAAAGUGGAGAUCGCCACACAUCCGCUAUACGAACAGCUGCUUUCGGCGCAUGUUGCCUGCCUCCGUGUGGCCACGCCCAUAGAUCACCUGCCCCUUAUUGAUGCUCAGCUUUCACAGUCUCAUAAUCUCAUGAACUCUUAUGCUCAGCAGAAUACUAAUCCUUUCUCCCCGCAUCAUAGGCAAGAGCUUGACAAUUUCUUGACACAGUACUUGUUAGUUUUGUGUUCAUUGAGAGAACAGCUACAGCAACAUGUCAGAGUCCAUGCUGUUGAUGCUGUCAUGGCCUGCCGUGAAAUUGAGCACAAUUUACAAGCCCUAACUGGGGCAACACUUGGGGAAGGAUCUGGUGCAACUAUGUCUGAUGAUGAGGAUGAGCUGCAGAUGGAGUUCUCAUUGGAUCAAUCUGGAGUUGAUGCUAGUGAUCUGAUGGGAUUUGGUCCAUUGCUUCCAACGGAAUCAGAGAGGUCUCUGAUGGAGAGAGUAAGGCAGGAAUUAAAAGUAGAGCUUAAACAGGGAUUUAAGUCAAGAAUUGAAGAUGUGAGGGAAGAAAUACUAAGAAAGAGAAGGGCAGGAAAAUUACCAGGUGACACUACUACAGUGCUCAAGAAUUGGUGGCAGCAACACUCCAAGUGGCCGUAUCCCACUGAAGAUGACAAGGCAAAGCUUGUAGAGCAGACAGGAUUGCAGCUGAAACAAAUAAACAAUUGGUUCAUAAACCAAAGGAAGAGGAACUGGCACAGCAAUUCACAAUCUGUGACAUCCUUAAAGUCCAAGCGCAAGAGAUAG